AUGGUGCGUGUAUUAACGGGAGAGACAUUUUCGGAUAAAUCUUUGGUAUCAUAUCACUAUAAAAACGUAGAAACAGGAAACUAUCUACAAACGUAUGAAAUUACGGAUGCUCCUGUAUUUCUACAGUGGCCUCGAGAAAUUGGAGCCUACUAUAUUCUAUUUUUAUUAGGUCCUGAUAUUCCCACUCAAGAUAGACCGCUCUACAAGUAUGGGCAGCACUGGGUCAUCGCAAAUAUUGCUGGUAAUAGGGUUGAUGAUGCAGAUGUUCUAGUAGAGUAUGCAGGAUUAACACAUCACUAUCUCAAGGGUCCUCAUCGAAUGGUGUUCUUAAUUUUCAAACAAAACUAUAAUUUUACAAUGGAGUUCGAUUUACCGAGGCUGACAAAGAACCUAAGCGGAAAUGAGCGACUGAAUUUUUCCAUCCAAAAUUUUGUGGAUACAUAUUAUCUAGGGAGACCUGUGGCUGCAAAUUUCUUUCAAGUUUACACAUACUAAUAAAUACUCAAAUUAA